AGAGUGAUGAGGCCCUUUAUGAUUUCUGUCAGAAUGCUGUGGUGCUAUGGACUAUGCAUUCAUGGGAAAGGGAUGCUCGUUUGGUGAAGGAGGCCUUGAAGAAAGGCCCACAAACAUACAGUGUACUUGUGGAGAUUGCAUGUACUAGAUCGGCCGAGGAGCUAUUAGGAGCUAGGAAGGCCUACCAUUCCCUCUUUGAUCACUCCAUUGAGGAAGACGUUGCCUACCACAUUGAUGGCCCUGAAGGCAAGCUCUUGGUUGCGCUUGUGAGUGCCUAUAGGUAUGAAGGACCAAAGGUUAAAGAUGACACUGCAAAAUCCGAGGCCAAAACACUUGCUCAUGCCAUUAAGAAUGCGGAUAAGAGGAAUCCCAUUGAAGAUGAUGAGGUCAUUAGGAUACUAUCAACAAGGAGCAAGCCCCAUCUCAAGGAAAUAUAUAAACACUACCAGGAGAUUUCUGGCCACAACAUCGAUGAGGAUCUUGAUGAUGCUUUGAGGUUAAAAGAGACAGUGCAAUCCCUAUGUACUCCUCACACAUAUUUCAGCCAGGUAUUGGAAGUUUCAUUGAGAAAUGGUGUGGAUAAGAACAUCAAAAAGGGAUUGACUAGGGUAAUCGUCACCCGAGCCGACGCAGACAUGAAGGAGAUCAAAGAGGAAUACCAGAACCUAUAUGGAGUUUCUUUAACUGAGAAAAUUGAAGCGACAGCUAAUGGGAAUUUUAAGGAUUUCUUACUCACUUUGGCUGCAAGAGGAGGCUAAAAAGGCGGGAGUCAAAGUUUGGGGCUUGUUGGGAUUAUUUGAAGGGUUUCUGUGUUGCCCAAUUCGAUUGUUGCUGUCUUUCAUGGUUGCUUUCUUGCUAGAGCUGGUGUUGUUCUGUAUUAGUAUUGUGUUACCAUUAAGAAAAAACUGAAAUAAAAUCAAUCAAUGAGCCAUUUGAGCAUUUAAAUAAGCUGAUUUUUUAACAUUUUGUUUGUGGCAUAACAAUGUUAUAUCUGGUCUCUAGUGUACAAAAUGU